AUGCAGUCUUAUGAAACAGACCUUGAUGACUAUGCGCAAGAUUUUGUUGCAAUCGGUAUUGACUUUGGAACGACUUACUCCGGCAUAUCUUGGGCUUUCUCUGGUCAACCCAAAGAGGUCCAUCAAAUCACAGACUGGCCAUCAGUCGACCAUCGAAAUCAUAAUGAGAUUCAAGUACCAACUCUCUAUGAUAUUGACUCAGGUAAAUGGGGCUACGAAAUAACACCCGAUAUGAAGCCUAUCAAAUGGUUUAAGCUCCUGCUCCUCAACAACGAUGAUAUCACUAAAGAAGACAUUCGCAAUGCGAAACAACUCCAAGAAGCUAGGAACAUCUUGGCCCAACACGGAAACAUCACGGCGGUACAGAUUGUCGGCCGGUAUCUCAAGGAGAUUUGGGAUCACACGUAUGCUGCUCUUCGUUCAAGGCUGGACAUCGACGAUCUCCCUAUCCGUGUUGCUAUCACCAUACCAGCUAUUUGGCCUGGCUAUGCAGAGAACUCAAUGAAGGAGGCUGCUCGGAUUGCCGGUAUUCUGGAUGAUAGAGUUAUUGGGGACACGACUCUAAUGCUUGUGCAAGAGCCCGAGGCAGCAGCUUUAGCAUGUCUGUUCCAACGGAACUCCUCACCCGAGAUCAAGAUGAACGAAUCUUUCGUCGUUUGCGACGCUGGCGGUGGCACAGUGGAUGUUAUUAGCUACAAGGUUGUAUCCGAAAAACCAUUCAUGCUGGACGAAUGUGCAACAGGAGCAGGAAAGUUAUCUGGGGCCUUCCUGAUUGACGAAGCAUUUGAUGCCUACCUUCGUUUCCAGGCUAAGCUGAGGGUCAAUUCCAUCAAGGACAGUGAAUUUAACCAGUUUAUCCUACGGGAGUGGGAACAUGGCGCAAAGAGAAGUUUCAGCAUUUCCCAGUAUAGGCAAUUUUACUUCCUGCAUCCACCGAUGAAAGCAUAUGGCAGGUUUGAUCGCCUCAUGAAUAAGGAUACAUUGAAAAUCAGCAAUGAAGAAAUGACAGGCUUCUUUAACCGAUCACUCACUGGUAUUCGGACUCUUGUAGGGAAACAACACGAAGAAGUCAAGAAGAAAACAGGGAAACCACCCAAGAAGAUCCUUCUUGUUGGCGGCCUCGGUAGCUCUGAGUAUGUUUAUGACACGUUGACGGCAAUCUUUUCCAAUACGGUCCUUAGGCCAAUUGACGGAUGGUCAGCUGUCGCUCGAGGUGCUGUUCUGCGGUUACUGCAGGAGAACAUUUCAUCACAGGGUCCCCAGUCUGUACAGCAGCGAGAAGCUCUGAAUAGGCUCCCUGUAGUUCUUUCUCGGCAAUCGAGAUAUCACUAUGGAAUUCAAGUCAACACUCCCGUUGAAAAUCUGGAUUAUGAUUCUGAUGAUCAAGUCACCACUGAUCCAGAAGGAAACAAGGUGACUAGUAGAAUUACGUGGUAUUUGUCCAAGGGUGACAGUGUUGAGAAGAAAUCACGUAUUCCUUUCUCGUACCAUAAGUUCUGCCGUGUCGAAAGUGCUCCCUCUACAUGCACAUUCAACAUCUUGUUCAGUGAUCACGAUCCAGCACCAAAGAGAGUCAACUCUCAAGUGUCGACACUGUGUCGCAUUGAGUGCGACUGGGAUAAGCCUAUCAGCGAGUGGAAAGCUGUAGGAGAUCCAGCGAAGGGAUGGAGAAAGCACAAUGAUCUUGAGCUUACUAUGGGAUUGGAGGGAGUGCCGAAGUGGGAAAUUCGUGUCGGGUCUAAAAAGCGUGAACACAAGUUCAGCAUUGAUUAUGUAUAG